CAAACAGCACACAAGAGAAUCUCUUGAUCCAAUCGAUGCUAAGCGUUUAGAAUCUCGCGACGAGUUCGAUUUUGAUACCAUACUGUUAGGGUUCAACCAAACGAUCACCCGAUCGAUUCUUUUCUUUGGCGAUCCUUAUCACGCACAAAAAAUGGUGAAGGCUGUUGCUGUUCUUGGCGGCACUGAGGGUGUCACAGGCACUGUGCACUUCUUCCAGGAAGGAGAUGGUCCUACCACGGUAACUGCAAACAUCUAUGGGCUUAAGCCAGGGCUUCAUGGAUUCCAUGUUCACGCUCUUGGUGACACCACCAAUGGUUGCAUGUCUACUGGGCCGCAUUUUAAUCCUGCUGGGAAGGAACAUGGGGCACCUGAAGAUGAGAACCGCCAUGCUGGUGAUCUUGGAAAUGUGACUGCUGGCGAAGAUGGUACUGUUAAUUUUAGCAUUGUUGACAACCAGAUUCCUCUCAUUGGACCGACUGCCAUUAUUGGAAGGGCUGUUGUUGUCCAUGCUGAUCCUGAUGACCUUGGAAAGGGUGGACAUGAGCUUAGCAAAAGCACUGGAAAUGCUGGUGCAAGAGUUGCCUGUGGCAUCAUUGGACUGCGAGGCCAUUUGUGAAGAUUACAGGGCCCGUGCACUGCAAACCAACGGCAUGUUUCCUUUUCCAUGUUCCUUGAUGGGAAAACAAUAGCGUAAGUCGAAUAAGAAAACUUGUGCAGCAUUUAUAUGAGAAGAACAUAUAUUUGUAUGCUGUAUCUAAGGUUUAAUCGUCAAAUAAAUAAACAAAGAACUAAGUAAACAUCGGUGGCAAAUUAUUUCCAUUAUUACAAUACAAACUUCCUGAGCUUCAUCUAAUACUCUCCAAUUUGUUACAAGACAAGACAUGGCCCUAACUGAAAGUGAGAGUGCAUUAUCA